UGUCCGGGUCCGUAGCCAACACGCAGCUAGUUUUCAUGAUAAUUUAUCAAGUUAGUUGAUUCUGAGAUAACUUUUAUUAUCUACAGAAGGCGUAGCGGCCAUCAGACCCUCGACAUGGACCCGGAACACAAAGCUCUGCUGCGGACACACAGGCUGGAGCUGUCCGGGCAGCUGUUGGUCAGUGAUACUAUCGUUCCGUUUCUGUACCAGGAGAACAUUUUAACGGAGAAUCAGGUGGAGGACAUCGAGUCUCAGCCGACGAACAGACAGAAGAGUCUGAAGCUGCUGGACAUCCUGCCGAGCCGCGGGCCCCGGGCCUUCGACUCGUUUCUGCGGUCUCUGGAGGAGUUCAGCUGGGUCCGAGACAAACUGCUGCUGGAGCUGCAGACCCGACCUGGACUCAGCUCUACAGACGUCCGGCGGCUUCCGGACUCGGUUCUAAAGAAGGUUCCUUCAGAUCGGGACUUGUCCCGGCUGGCGUCUCGGCUGGGUGCAGAAUGGGAGUCGGUCCUGAUGGAUCUGGGUCUGUCCGCGGAGGCUCUGUUUCGGUGUCGGUCCGAUCACCGGCUCAGUACUCACGGAGCGGUCCUGGCCGGUCUGGUCCAGUGGAGACAACGCGAAGGGAAGACGGCCACAGUGGAGAGAAUCAUGCGGAGUCUGGAGGCUGCUGAUGUCCAUCCGUCAGUUCUGGAGGACGUCCUGAUGUGACUUUGUGUAGUUUAAUGACAUCAGCCCGGCGUUUACCUGCCGAAGACAACUCACCUGUUCAGGUUGACUGUCAGAGAAGAAGCUCUGAUGAAGCUACAGUUCAUGAACUGCUGAGCAGCAACCGGCAGACGGACUCGUCAGAGACCAGCUGCUGAACAUUUAGCAGCCAGAGAGCUGGAGGAGACCAAAACCAGAGCUGAAAGAGAGAAAACUGGACUGAUGUUCAUCAGGUGACACCAACACGACCAGAAACUCUCUGAGACAUUUUCCUUCAAACACACAGUUUCUGUCAGAGGACAGAACACACACACACACACACACACACACACACAGAGAAAUACACCAUUAACACAUGCUAACACAUAGAAACAUAAAUACAUACUCACACACAGUUACACACUGUCACACACAGUAAAACACACAGUUAUGCUGGUAGCACACACACACACAGUUACACACACAGUAACAAUGGCCGCCCUCAGUGCACUUCAUUAAUUCCUCAGAAGCCUGCAGACUCCACUUCCUGCUGAGGAUCUGCUGCGCUCCGGCCUUUUAAGGUGGUCUGACGAGAUGCAGACACUGUGAAACUGAACUGUUGGUAUGUCUCAUAGUUUAAAUCUCAGUUUGUGAUUCAUCUCGAACUCUUUGCUGUUAGAGAAAAGCAGGAAUGUGAGUUUAAAAAAAUAAAAUCAGAAUCAUGUCAGGAAGAUGUUAUACAGUUAUUGUGUUGUUUACUGAAACAAUGCACAGCGAUAAUCAGUUUAAUCCUCUUUAAAAAACAUCUUCAGACAGUUAAAGUUUGCAGGCUGAUUGAAACACACUCGCAUUAAAACACAGUAAAUUAUUUCCAGCAGUGAUGAAAUCACCUGUUCAGCCUCAGUUACCAUGACGCGUGGCGCUUUCAUUGCGUCAACUCGUUCAGGUCCAGUUUGUCCAUAAAUUUAAUGUCACUGAAGGGGUUAGCCCAAUGCUAACUCCUGAGACGUCUUCCCCCGGUGUGACCUGGUCGACGCGCUUCGCUUUGAGAUACCGCGAUUGAGUUGCUUCUUUAAUAAUCCACAGGCAGCGCUUGUUUCAACAUGACAAUACUUUAUUGCUUUGAUGCACCGCUCGUGACAGAUAUCCAAGACCAAACAUACAACUUUGCCGUAAUCCCUCCGCGCCACAGCGGUCAAAAACCGUUUGCCCUUCCGGGUUGAACACCUGACGUCAACAUACUUCCUUCUACCUUUAUAGGUAAGCCCAAAUAGGCUGGCAUUACAGCGACACCCCAUGUUCACAUCAGUGAAUGACACACAGAAACAUUAUAACAGAAAACACACAUAUUUGGCUCCUACACACCGGCCCCUAAUUGUGAUGGCCACCAGACAUAACAAUUCAUUAAAGUGAUACAAAAAGGAGUCAAAUUUCACAGUAAGCACCAACAUUUUAUACACUCCAUACACCAAACAAAGUUUUGUCACUGGUCGUUCAAUGACACUUGAUUUCGUCUGUAAUCUCACAGAACGCACAAAACCCUGCCUAUCUGGAAACACCUCCAGAACUCUGCCAAGCGGCCAGGAACCACGAGGAGCUGAAGGAUCCAUGAUCACGACAAUGUCUCCAGCACUCAAGCUUCUCCUCUUCUGGUUCCAUUUUUGUCUUUCUUGAAGCAAGGGUAGGUACUCCCGUACCCAUCUCUUCCAGAAAAGAUCUGAGAGGUAUUGCACUUGCCGCCAUCGCCUCCUCACAUAUUGAUCAUCGGGUCCAAAUACUCCAGGUGGAAAAGACGGUUUGCCCUUCAGGAGAAGCAGAUGGUUAGGUGUGAGUGGUUCCAGGUCAUUAGGAUCCUCCGAGAGUUUGGUAAUUGGCCGAUCGUUCAAAAUGGCCUCCACUUCACAAAACAACGUGUGCAACCCAUCAUCAUCCAGCCUUUGCUGCCGCAGUACCGAGCUGAGAACUCUUCGCACCAAGCGGAUCAUCCGUUCCCAUACACCCCCAUGGUGCGAGCCUGCUGGUGGGUUAAAACUCCAGCGGAUUCCACUCUGCGACAAAGCUCCUUGUAUCCUGUCCUGGUUCAGAUUAGCAAGAGCCUCCUUCAGCUCUCUUUCUGCCCCAAUGAAGUUGGUACCAUUGUCUGAUCUCAGAUGUUCCACUUGUCCUCUUCUACUGAUAAACCGACGCAAAGCAUUUAUGCAGGCAUCUGUUUCCAGAGAAGGUGCCACCUCUAGAUGAACAGCCCUGCUCGCCAUACAGGUAAAUAAAACACCGUAGCGUUUGCAGGUUGAUCUUCCUCUCUUCACUUCGACUGGUCCGAAGUAAUCCACUCCUGUGUUGGUAAAUGGUGGUAAAUCAGGAAGGAUUCUUGCCUCAGGAAGAUCUGCCAUCUUUUGUUCCACUGCUCUUCCAUUAUAGCGUCUACAAAAGCCGCAUUCAGCAACAAUCUUCCUAACUGCUGAAUUGGCAUUGGUGAUCCAAAAUUUCCUUCUCACAGCAGACAGAGUGUGACUUCGCCCUCCAUGGCCCAGACUUUGAUGUACAUGUUUGAGAAUGAGCAUAGAAACAUGCUGCUCUUUGGAGAUAAUGAGUGGAUGCUUAGUUUCCUCUGGCAUUGAUCCCCUGCUCAAUCUUCCUCCGACUCUCAAAAGUCCAUCCUCCAAAACUGGGUCCAACCUGUAUAUGGGACUCGAUGUCGAUUCACAGUUGCUCUUUUUGAUGACAGAGCAGAGACCUCUUCGCUGAACCUCUGGUGCUGGCAAAAGCGAAUGAUAGCAAUUUCUGCAUUCACAAGCUCAUUCAGUGUCAAGAUGUUGCUCCUAGGCUGAGAUGUGAUCUGCUGUCUCUCUCCCUUUGCAGACUCAGAAAGCUCCACCACAGAAGCUUCUGACUGCUUCCUUCGGAGACUUUGUUCCAACAACAUAGCCUUUAACCUAAGGAUCCAGGCAACUGCUGUUUUGAGCCUCCUCCAGUCAGAAAAGUAGGUAAUGAGCUGGUCUGUGGGACUAGAAACAUCACACAACCUGAUGGCAUUGGCUGUUGCCUCCUUUCUGACUUCUUUGUCUGUGGCAUCCAAUGUGACAUCCAACACAGUCUUAGGCCAAUCCUCUUCUUCCAUCCAAAGGAAAGCUGGACCCUUCUGCCACCUGUUGCCUUUCAAGAAAUCAGCGACCUUCAUUCCUCUCGAUGCAUCGUCAGCUGGAUUGUUUUUAGUACUGACAUGUCUCCCCUGUGAUGGUUCAGAGAGUUCCCUAAUUGUUGAGAUUCUGUUGGCCACGAAUGUGUGAAAGCGCCUGUCCUCAUUGUUCAGAUAUUUCAGCACUGAAGUGCUGUCAGUCCAAAAUACUGAAUCCUCCAACUGGAUGUUCAACUCUGCCUUCACCAUUGAGUUCACUCUGACAGCGAGGACGGCUGCUGUCAGCUCGAGUCGGGGAAUGGUUACACCAUGGUGAGGAAUGUCCCACACCUUCCCACUGUCACGACACAGUUGUUGCUGAGGUACUCGCUCUGCACAGCCCUCGCUAAUAAGCUCGUGCAUAUACCUUGCAUAUUCCGAUGGAAGCGAUUGCCGUGACGGAACCUCUUCUUCAAUCCUUGAAUCCUCUGGUUGACCACUGCAAAGUUGUUGGGCAGAGAAACCUCUCGUUUCCUAAAGGGCAACUUCAAACAGUACUUUCCCUCCUUAAGAACUGCUGAAUUUUCCAUGAUUUCAAGGACAUUUGCUUUUCCUCGAAAUUUCUUUCGUUGAACUCUUGAUUGUAUUGGUUUGCCAGCAUUUCUUCCAGUUUACACACAGACACUCGGUUCACUGUAGCUGAGUGAGGCUCCUUGUCCAUAUCGCUGCCUCCAUCCAGCGGUCCGUUAACCACCCAUCCUAGCACAGUUUUAACAGCAUAUGGGCCACUCCCUUGGCUAUUAAUGACCUCCCAUGGUUCCAAAAGUUUGGGUGCGUUGGUUCCUAUCAACAGGUCAACGUUUGCCUUUAUGCUGGGGAUGUGCACCUUGGAUAAGUAUGGCCACUUACACAGGUCCUCAGAUGUAAUCAUGUCAUCGGUAGUGACUGGCAUCUUCUGCUGUGUGAUAAUUUCUGGAAGAAGAUAGAAGUCAUUGCUUUCAAGACCAGAUACCUCUACACCAAAUAAUGAGUGGGCUGGAGUCACCUUUGUUUGUCCCAUGGUACGCAGCAGGAAGUUUGUUUCGUUUUCCUGUAACAUUCAACUUCUGCAUUAGAUGUUCGGAGCAAAAUGUGCCUGAGCUGCCAGGAUCCAAGAAGGCGUAAGUACUUAUGAUGUGAUUUCCCUUUGAUGCUUUGACCUUUACAGGAAGGAUGGACAACACACACCGGUCCUUACCGGCCCCUGUAUGUCCACAUGUUGUGAGUGAACCAGAAUGUUUGGAUGGUUCUCUUUCCUGUUCCAGUGCUGCAGUUUGCCUUUUGAUGUGAAGCGCAGUGGGAUGAGUUUGACCACAAACUUGACAUGUCAAGCGGCUCUCACAAUCCCGGCUCAUGUGACCAACGCAUAAGCAAGCAAAGCAAGCAAAGCAAACUGCCUUUUCCCUCAAAAAGAGAAGUUUUUCCUUGUGCUUCUUUCCCUUAAACUGCUUACACUCCUCCAAUGAGUGAUUCCGAGAGCAGCAGAGGCAUCUUUGGAUGAAACGUUGGCUCUUUAACUUCUUCAGGUGGUUCCAUGGUGGUGGUAGAGGUUACUGUGGUGGCAACAACACUUCCUUUAACCUUGUUUCUGGGCUGUGACUUGAAUCUGGUGAGAGCUUUGUUCCCAGUGGCACUAAUUGAUUGAUCUUGUAUGUCGCCAAACAGAGGGUCAGAAAGAAUGCUGACACAACGCUCAAUAAAUGUGACUAAAUCACUAAAGCUAGCUCUGCGGCCUGCUGUUUCCAUGAUGUCGUGAGCUUUGGUUCUCCAUUGUUCUCUCAUUUUGUAUGGCAACUUCAAAAUGAUGGCUCUCAUGUUUACCGGCAUGUCCAGCUCCUGCAUGUACUCCAGUUCCUCCAUUACAUUGCAGCAGCCGCGUAAGAAUAAGGAAUAGGCCUGGAGUGUUUUCACGUCCUCCGAUUUUAUUGAUUGCCAGGCCAAUGCCCUUUCCAUAUACGCAGUUGCAGUCUUGUACUGGUUACCAAAAUGUUCCUUUAGCAGACCCUUUGCCACUGCAUAGCCACGCUCAGGAGCCAUAUGUUGACAGCUACGCACCAGUUCCCGUGGUUGUCCUCUAGUGAACUGCUCCAAGUAGUACAGACAAUCCGUUUGUCCUGCCUUUCCCUCCACUCCUUGCUCAAAGGCCUUAAUGAAGGAUCUGUAUUGGAGAGGAUCACCAUCAAAUAUGGGGAUAUCUCUUGGUGGUAGAGACAGUGACCGCUGCUGUUGUACCAGAGCUGCUGUUAUUUCAUUUUGCCUCUGCAUGAUGGAAAGAAGGUCUCCAGAUGGAUUUUGAUUGAAUGGUUGGAGAUAUGCAGAUUUUACUUCCUCAUCCUCAAUGUGAGCAGUUGCACGUUGAUCCUGCAAAGGCUGUGACAUUCCCAGGAGAUUGUGUUCCUGUUGCUGUUGAUUGGGAAUAUGUUGAGGAUUUGAAGUGUUUUUUAACAAUUGAACUGUUCCCUUUGAACACACAUCCAUUGUGUUAUCAUGCAGUAAUAACACUUUUGUCAUGUCAUUUUGUUGUGUUGAAUUACAGGUUUCAGGCUUGAAUUCCUUUGCCUUUGGGUUUAAGAUACUGAAAUCCCCUUUCCUUUGUUCCCUUUCCACAUAAGAAUUCAUGCCGUUUGAAGGUGCUUGAGAUGUGCCUUUCAAGCUAGAGGCCUGUAGUACUGCCAACUUAGCAGCAGAGGCAGCCAGCUCAGUUUCCAACUUCAGCUGCUCUUUCCUUCUUCUCAGCUGCUGUUCCUCCUCUUCCAGAGCAUGUUUCGGUUUUAAAGCUGCAAUGCGGGCAAUGAGUGAAGCUCUCUCUGCCUCAGCUUUAAUCCUAGCAGAGGACGUGGUACUUGAUUUUCCACUACAACCAGUCCGUUGGCUUGAAUGCUUGCUACCAACAUUUGAAACACUGUCAUCUGGAUUUACGUCAUCAUCGACAACAUUUUCAUGUGCAUUACCCUCAACAGAAGAAACCCACAUUCUCACAUUGGCAAUACACUCAUCAUUUGAAAGCGUUUUGGCUUUGAACCAUAUUUCAUGUUUUUCUCUUUCAUCACAUGGCAACAAAACCAACAGAGAAUCAUGCAUGCAUUUUGCUUCUUCACACAUUUCAAUCAAAUCGUCAAGAGCAUUUUGAACCUUGGUGUUUUCACCUUUUGACAUUAAAUUUUGAAUUACAUUUCUCAGAGUAGUUGCUUUAUUCAGUUUGGCCUUUCUGCCAUUUUGCAUCCUGUCCAGUUUUUCGGCAAGCACUUUAGCCGUCAGUUUCACCACUCGUUUUUGAGUCUGAGUUUCAACACUGCUAGUCACACUACCGGGUCUACUAGCAGUUCGCGCAUCAGUCCUGGUGGCUAUGUCCGACGCCGCAUCGCGCAUUUCCAUAUUGAGUGAACAGUCAGUCGUUAGCAGUAUGCCGCAACGAAAUGAGAGUCAAUUGCAAAAUGUAUUAUCCACGCGCGCCGGUUACCAAUGCAUUGGAUAAUACAUUUUGCAAUUGACUCUCGUUUCGUUGCAACAGGAACUUCAAAAUAAAACUCACCGAAGCUCCAACCAACCACACUCAUUCUAUUCCACAAGUGUACAUUGUGAGGCUGUGUGUGGUGUGUCAGGCUGUGUGUGGUGUGUCAGGCUGUGUGUGGUCUGUGUGUGGUGUGUGUGAGGCUGUGUGUGGUGUGUGUGAGGCUG